AUGGGGAUAAAGCACCUUUUGCUUCUUUUGAUUUACUUAGACCCGCUGAAUGUCCUGUGCGCCGCCGCCACCAACAAAAAGAGCAAAACCCCGCCGAGGAGGAACUCAAAGGUGAAGGAGGUCAACGGCAGCACCACUGUGGUCCCGGCGGGUAUCCCGGGGAGGAUCACCCAAGUCCAAGCUCCUUCGCUCGGCGUCGUCCAGCACGACACCUGCCUUGGCUACUACGACGUGAGCGGGCAAUACGACAAAGAGUUCUCCUGCAACAACACCGAUCACCGAUUCUGCUGUGGCAGCUGCUUCCUCCGUUUCUGCUGUGCGGACCGGGGGAAGCGGCUGGAGCAGAAGAGCUGCACCAACUACAACACACCGGACUGGAUCAAAACCCAGCCUCCUUCACCGGCGCCAACAGGUGAUAUUUACGACCCGGAGCUGGACCGGACCAACACCACAGUGUACAUCACCUGCGGGGUCAUAACGCUCAUCAUUGCCAUUGGGAUAACUGCUAAAGUUGCCUAUGAUAAAGCCACCAAGCCCCCUCAGGAAAUGAAUGUGCACAGAGCCCUGGCAGAUAUUCUGAAGCAACAAGGACCGGUUCCUAUAUCUCAGUAUGAUCACGAAAACAGCGUAGUGAUCGACGGGUCGCCCAAAGAUGAGACACCGGUCAGAACUUCGAAGAAUCACUACACACCUGUUCACAUGAAGCCAUCAAACCACGGUCACUAUGGGAAAGAAAACAUGCGCAGCGGAGGCCAAGACAUGCACAACUUCAUCUCCUCUGGCUUUGUGACAAUUGGACGUGGACACUUGAAAGCGCAGCACUCCAUAGACGAAUCCUGGCAGGGCGAUCUGGACAUCCCCAUCUCUUACGGAAACCACCACCAUGACUAUCAGCACAGCCACCUGGAUCUCACUGCGGUCACACCUAAAAUGGCCCACAGACAAAUGAGAUACGAGAGACCCCAGCGGAUGAACAACAUCCUGACCUCGGCCACCGAGCCCUACGACCUGUCGCUCUCCAGAUCCUUCCAGAACCUCAGCCAUCUGCCGCCCUCCUACGAGCUGGCCCUCAAGUCUGACUUAAGUGAUAAAGACGUAGAAGAAUACUACACAAGAAAGCAUCACCAUCAUGACUUUGGCGGCCGAGGACCGACACACAUGGUGAAGCUGAAUGCAGAGCCUCCGCAGCACCAGCAGCACCAGCAGCACCAGCAACACCAGCAGCGUCAGCGUCCCCACCGUGUCCAGAGGGCCAUGUCCCAGGAUCACGUGCUGUCUCCUCCCAGGACACCGCGUCGCGGAGACUACGGCCUGUCUUCGUACGGUGUCAUGGCAGCUGCUGCGUACGGGAGCAGCCGCCACCUCUCAGAGGAACAGCUACUGUCAGCGGACCGCCUCCACUCCCAGGAUCCUUUGCUGUCCCCGGCGAUGCGGCGCGACAAGUUCCGGGAGAAGGCGAUGGCGCGGGCGAUGUCUCACGCCGACAUGCUGAUGCCCACAACGCCUGUCGUGGACCGCCACAAGAUGACCAAGAUGCACUCUCAACCCAGUGCCUCUAACGACUCCUACAACACGCUGACGGUCAACCAUGCGUCCACGUCUAAGAGGCAGGCGUUUGCCUCCCGACGAACACACACGGUGGACCACCUACAGUACAUUCCCGGCCACCACCACACAUACCGCACUGCCAGUAAGAACGAGGUAACUGUUUAACUGCAGAGUGGCUGGAGCGAAGGAUUCAACAGAAAUCUCCAAAAUCAGCAAGUUUCUUCAGCAGAGGUCUUCUGUCUACUUGUUUUAAAAAAAAACAAAAAAAACAACCUCCUACAUUAAAACUCUUCCUGCUUUUUAGCACAAGCUUCCUGUGUCAUCCAGAUUUUGGGUAACUAUAAUCAACACUGGCAAAGACAUUUCUCUCUUAGAGCAUCAUAAGGGCUUUGCGCGUUGACACAAAGAGGGAUCCUUCAUGUCAGAUGUUUGACAGCGUGAAGAAAAUAUUUUUUAAACCGGACAUGGGACUGAAAGAGAAUUGUAUUAACUUUAUAAAUAUAUAAAUAUACUAUAUUUACUAUUUGUAUUUUCAGUCCUUGUUAUAGCUUUAGAGAUUCUCAUUGAACGUGACUGAUGUAAGCACUUCAAGUGGUGCCUCUUAAAUUUGUCCCAUUUCAACGAUGAAGUGGAUUUGUGGGUUAAAAAGCACAAUUAAUGACUUCCCUUUUUUUGUUUUAUUUUAUUCUUCUUCUUUGAUAAACGGCCAGAACAUAUCAGCUUAUUAGUGAAAACAGAGGCUAUUUCUGUUGCAUACAAUAGAUGAUUGUAAAUAGGCUAUAUUAGCAGCAUUAAAACAAGAAAAGCUGGUCCUUUGGCGCUAUUGUUUUCCUUUAUUUUAGUUUUUUUAUCUCCCACCUGGAAUCUAUAAUGGAUUCUCAAUUAAUAGUUUUAACUUUAGAUAAGGCAGAGUUCCCAAAUUGAUAUUAUUUCCACAGAUGUCUCCAAAACACGUGGACAUAAUAUGUAUAUGGGGAGUUUUUUCUUUUCUUUUUUAACUGUGCUUGUAGCAUAGAACGAGUGUGUAUGAACCUUUUACCACUGUCAAAUGGCAGCUUCAGUCUGCAGGUGAAAAUGGAACCUAAUGGCUAAUGAAUUAGCUUAAUUUUAUGUUCACAUCCUUGUCCUUGCUUUCUCACCCACGCCCACACCCUGCUCUGUUUGUGAUUGGCCAGCUGAGGAGGUCCAGCGGUAGUUUUGUGUCGAUGUUUUGGCAGAAUCAAUCAGCAGUAAAGAGGACGUCAUCGUCAUAAUCGCUAAUCAAUCAAGCAUUAAUUAAAACUGUGAACUGUUUUCCCACAUGUUUUCAUUAAAGCAAUGCCUUAUUGUAUGGAAUCCCAUAUGCUCUUAAUUGAACAAUCAUGCUUUUGUCAUGUGUCUCGGCUUGUGUGCAAUAUAUUGAUCAUGAUUUACCAGCAGAACCAGCAGUAAAAAGCCUGUACAGUGAUAGAUGAUACAGUACAUAUACCUCAAAAUCACAUUUUGGAAGGAAAUCAAUCAAUAAGUGGAUAGCAUUCAUAUUGGAGAUUUGAUAAAUUAGAUUUGCAUUCACUUAAUUCACCUUGUUUGAGGUUCAUUGGGCUCAUAAGUAGGAAUACAGUGCUCUUUUUUUCAAGAGGAGAGUAGAGGUCUUCACACAUUCACUUGGUUCCUAUUUGAGACCGAAUCCCACAGGGUCCAAAUUAUAUUCCGUCUAAUCGGGUCGGUAGAGUC